AUGGCAUCUGCUGGAGAUCGUGCUUCCGCUCCUGGAACAAAGGGGGGCAAGGGGAGCAAGCCCAAGACGAGGAGUGUGCGUAGCCUUCUAGAGCCGCCGCCCGUACAGGCUGCAACGACGUCUCCAACAGCAGGAUCAGGGAGUAGAAGGGAAGCAUCUCAAAGUGUUGCAUCUAGUGGAACUUGUGAAAGUCCAGCUACAGUAGCAUCAGUGGCAGCAUCAGUUGAGAUUGAUGCAACAGAGCAGGUUCAAGUGCCAAUUAAUGUCGACAAUGAUGAACAAGAGGAUGAUGAGCAAGCUCGCCUUUCUGGCAAGAGGUUUAAGAAAUUGACAUCGUGGGUCUGGAGUUAUUUCACCAAGAAAAAAGAGUAUGGCAACUUAUAG